GGCAUUGUCUGUUAUUAUUUUCAUGGAUCCUCCGGGUAUAAAGGAUGUAUUCUUUGCAUCGCAGCUGUGUGUGAGCAUCGACACCUGCAGGAAAACGAUGAAUUACGGAUGAAGAAACAACAUCGGCUUUCAUUCACCCUGAUGAACGUUAGAGUCGCGAACGCACCCCUUGCGAUACUGUAGAUACUUCCGUCAAGAUGCCAUAAGAUAAAUAGACCCGUAUCUAUUAUUCUCUACAUCUCAACUAGGCUGUUAACUUAGCUUUUACGAGCUUCUUAUGGCUUCUGGGUACAUUUAGGAGAAUAUUGAGGUAUUCACAGCCGGUUGAAGUCAGAAAUGGCAGUGAGCACAACGGAGCCGCUCUGUCAGCCGUGCGGUUAUCAUGAAGCUUUCAGAGUGGAGCUACAGGUGAAGAGACCCCUGAUGCCGGUCCAUCUGAGUCCAGAGCAGGUGGGCCUGGAGAUGCUGUGUCUCUGCGGGCAGCUGGACCUCCUCGUCAGGGCUCAGAUGCAGCAGUUCCAGGAGCAGUUAGGACAAGGCUGCAGUCCAGAGGAGUCAGACACUUUCCAGGCUCAAGGAUCAGAGAUUCUGGACCAGAUGCUGCAGUGCCUUGAACAUCUACCAAAGCCUAUGCCACAGCUGGAGGACUACCUGGACAUGGUGGGUCUGUCAGUGAUGUUCCCUCGUGUUGAGGUGUUUCUCAUUCAAGGCAGCCCUGUGGACAUGCUGGAGAGGCCGCCAAUGGACGAAUACUUCUUCCACAUCGCCAAACUGAACCAGCUCCUAGUGCUGAGUCAACAGCUGGAGGAAGAUAUCAGACACCUUGGAAGUCAUAAAUACAUUGCCCACCAGCUCUCGGUUAUAUAUCUAGUCCUCAGCUCUUUCAGAGGAAUUCAGGCUUUCUCUGAAAUAAAGAAAGACAUUGAGGCGAACUUCAAACAGAUGAAACAGUCUCUGUUGGUGGAGGAAGGCUCGCGGCACGAACCUCAGCUGGCUGCGCACUACAUCAACUGGAUAUUAGAACUUACUCAAAGUUUAACAUCGUUGGUGUUGACGCUACCGGAGGAACUGACAGAAGACCUUCACCAGGCCGUGACCUUCGUGUCCCAGUUCCUGUCCUGACUCCCCUGAAGGAUGCCUCUGUGUCUGUGAAUCCUGACGUUGUGAUGCUACAGAUCUCUCCAGGAGCUUCUGAAUGAACUGAUGUUGUUAUGACUGUGAAAAGGUGCUAAACUGAUUCAUGUGGGAUUGGAUAGCCUACUGUACUUCAUUUACAAAUCAUAUAGGUUUUUUUUAAUCGUUCUCUUGAAUGUGAUCCAUUUUAGUCACUAUGAUGAGUCAGUUGUUUGAAAAUGAAUGUAAGCUUGUUGAAUCCCUUCUUGCACUACUGUUACAAUUACUUCUUUUUUUUAACCUAAAGUGGAAUAAUAAAAUGUAAUGCAAUAGGG